AUGAGUAUAGCUGCAUAUGCGUAUGAAGCUGACAGAGCUAAACGUUUAUAUUUUGGUCAAUACUCUCUCACACUUACUGACAAAUAUAUUGUUAUCAGUGAUGGAAAUACCGAGAAAUACAUAACAUGGAAGGACUAUGAAAAGUUUGACCCUAUUUUAACUCCAUGCACUAUGCCAUUCAUUGUAAAUGGUGAAGUUGUCAUGAAGAACGACACAACAGUAUAUAAGUCUGUAUAUGAAGCGUUAGAAUAUAUGUUGAAUUAUAAUCCCGAAAGAUUUGACCCAAGCACUACGCCAUGUGCAAUGCCUUUUAUUAAGGACGGUGAAAUCGUAAGAGUUCCGGAUUCAACGGUUUACACAGCUGUUCAAAACAGUUUACAAAACAUUUUAGCGAAUAUCUUUAAUUCAGAAACUACAGAAAUAAAAUUACCAUAUAUAACAGAUGCUAAAGAAAUUAAAUCAAAAACGACAACAUUAUUUACGUCACUUAAUGAUUUAAUGACUUAUAUCAUUAAUAUUCCUGCACCAACUAUAGCAUUUGAUCCAAACUCGACGGUUUGCAGUGUACCUUUCAUAAAUGACAGUUCAUUAAUUACUUUAAGGGAUUCAACAGUUAAUGAAUCAUUAAAGGCUUCAUUAAUGAAAAUCAUUGAUUUUAACUCAUUCAUGAAUACAUAUAAUUCAUUCAUUAAUGUUUCAUAUGCUUUUAAAGAAGGUGAGCCAAAAACUAUCGAUAAAGCGGUGUAUGAAAUAAAAGCAUCAACGACGAAAUUGAAUUCGUUAACUUUUGACGGUGAUAGUUUCGUUAAUGACAUAACAUCGGGGAAAACAAUUUUAACGAAAGAAUACUUAAAAUCUCAUGUUAGUGAGUUC